UUAUUCAUUCAAUUCAAUUAUUUGCCUGACAAGUAGGUAAUAUCAAUUCCACACAAUUAUCGCAAUCGUCAGUUGCUUGGGCACAGUCAGUGGAAUAUCACGGGUCUUGCCGCUUAUUUAGAGAAUUAUUUUAACCCAUUACUCCAGUAUACUGAAACCUCACAAUGUCGAAGAUCAAGGCAGGACCCGUCGUCGACGUUCUCGGAGAUGAGAUGACCAGGAUUAUUUGGGACCUCAUUAAAGAUAAGCUAAUCUUGCCUUUUUUGGAUAUUGAAUUACAUACGUACGACUUGGGCAUUGAGUACCGUGAUAAAACCAAUGACCAAGUUACCAUUGACUGUGCCAAUGCCAUUAAAAAAUAUAACGUCGGUAUCAAGUGCGCCACCAUUACUCCUGACGAAAAGAGAGUUGAAGAAUUCAACUUGAAGCAAAUGUGGAAGAGUCCUAACGGCACCUUGCGUAACAUCCUUGGGGGCACUGUAUUCAGGGAGGCAAUCAUCUGCAAAAACAUCCCUCGUUUAGUGACUGGAUGGGAUAAGCCAAUCAUUAUUGGUCGUCAUGCUCACGCCGAUCAAUACAAAGCGACUGACUUCGUUGUGCCUGGAGAGGGCAAAUUGGAGCUAACUUGGACAUCUCCCUCAGGAGAAUCCAUUAAGCACGUCGUGAACGACUUCAAGGGCGCUGGUGUAGCACUUGGCAUGUUCAACACUGACGCAUCCAUAGUUGACUUUGCUCACUCGUCGUUUAAAUAUGCUUUGGACAGGCAGUAUCCGCUCUACUUGAGCACCAAGAACACUAUUCUGAAGAAGUACGAUGGCCGUUUCAAGGACAUUUUCCAAGAAAUUUACGACAAGGAAUACAAGGCGCAGUUUGAGGCCAAGGGCAUCUGGUACGAACACAGGCUCAUUGAUGACAUGGUGGCGUAUGCCAUGAAGUCUGAGGGUGGAUUCGUGUGGGCUUGCAAGAACUACGAUGGUGACGUCCAGUCCGAUUCUGUUGCCCAGGGUUACGGUUCUUUGGGCCUUAUGACGUCCGUUCUUAUUUGUCCUGAUGGCAAGACUGUUGAGGCUGAGGCAGCUCACGGCACGGUAACAAGGCAUUUCCGUUUCUAUCAACAAGGAAAAGAGACAUCUACUAACCCCAUUGCCUCUAUUUUCGCAUGGACUCGCGGUCUGCUUCACCGUGCUAAGUUAGAUAACAAUGACGAACUCAAAAAUUUCGCCGAGACCCUUGAGAACGUCUGUAUCGAGACCAUUGAGAGUGGUGUGAUGACUAAAGAUCUUGCUAUUUGCAUCAAGGGCAUGAACAAUGUCAAGAGAUCAGACUACUACGAAACAUUUGAGUUCAUGGACAAACUGGCUGAAAACCUGAAGAAAAAGUUGGGCAAAUGACUGAUUAUUGAAAUGCCGAAGAGUAAUCUGUAACAUUAUUUUUUUUAAAUUUACGUAAUAAUAUUUUCGUUGGUCACAUGUAAUGGUAUUAAGGGUAUUUCAACGUAAUUUAAGCAUUUAUUUAUUCUGUAUAUUAUUUUAUUGAUUUAUUAAAUGAUUUCCUUUACACUGUA